GAAAAAAAUCGUCAGUUUCUUCUUGUUGCUUCUUCGUCUCUCAGUCUUCUCUUUCCCUUGGCGCGAGGAAUCGCCAUUGUAGUGGGUGUGGCAGAAACUCGGAGAUACUCAAACUCAAUCGCGCCUAAAUCACUACCUUUAAACAAUCUUCCCUCUCGCUAGAAUUUCAGAUUCAAGGUGGGGUGCCAUUGCUUAAUCUCUGAACCGAUGGAUCCUAAUGCACGACUACCUGCUAAAGAGGUUGGGGAUGAAUUAGCGAAGCAGUACUAUCUCGUCUUGCAAACUCGCCCUAAGCUUCUCCGUCUCUUUUAUAAAGGUUUCAGUAAGAUCGGGCGGCCUGGAAACAAUGGAAAGAUGUGUUCCUACACUUUAUCGGAUACAGAUGACGAUAAUCUUAAUAUGCUAUCUUCUGGAGGUUUUGAUUCGGCUGAGGUUACCAGUAUCAUUUCCCAAGACUCUCAAGAUGGGAGUGUCUUGGUCGUUGUCGGUGGCUACUUCACUUGCAAAAACAGACCUGAGAGGAACUUCACCCAAGUUUUCUUGCUUGCUCCCCAAGUAAAUGGCUACUUCGUUUUGAAUGACAUGCUCCACUUUGAUGACACAUCCGUUCUUCCUGCUAAUAAUGAAACGAAGGUCGUUCGCAAAGAAGUUGCAGAUGCUUCACUGAUAGUUGAAGAUGGGUCAAAGAUACCUGAUGCCUCUGUUGUGAUGAAGCCAAUACCAAAAGCUGAUGCAGUUGAUGAUACUGGAAAUGGGAACAACCGCGAGUCUCAUGCGUUUACCGAGUGUUCAACAGUUCAUGUUAAAAAUCUUCCUGCAAAUGACGCCUCUGCCAAGGUUGCGAAUGCAUUGAACAAGUUUGGACCAAUUAAAAGAGGUGGAAUUGAGAUCAGAAACACCACUUGGAACUAUCACUAUGGUUUUGUGGAGUUUGAGGAAGCAAUUGCAGCCGAGAGGGCAAUAAAGGCGUCUCCCCUGAGGAUUGAUGGGAAAAAAGUUGCCGUGCAGAUGAAGCGAGGUUCCCGGGAACAGAUGAGGAUUAUCGAGGAAGAAGGGCGACACCGAGGAAAAGGAGUUUAUGACUUUCGGGGAUGGCGAGAAUCAAUGGAGGGACAGAGUAAGGCUCAGGAGGAAGAGGGACGAACAGGAGUUGAUCAUGCUUGGGACUGUGAGCAAGUAAAUGAGGAACAUCGAAAGUUUCAGGAGGAACAGAUGAAGCUCGAGGAAGAAAAUGGAGAAGAAGAGAAUCAACACUGAACCUAACUAGUUAUGGUUGUAGAGAUAGAAUCUUAUAAACUGAUUGUUCUGUGAAUAGAACUAAAACACCAGAGAUUAUGUGAUUCCUUUAAAGCUUUUUUGACUUCAUGUUAUUGUGUCUUGGAUUUGUGGAAUUUGAAAUUUAAGAAAGUGCAUAUUGAUAAACAGAUAGUUAACCCAAAAAGAGCAAUUGCAAGGAAAUUAAACUUAAAAUUACUUAUAAAAUUAAAAAUCUCCUUGGAAUAGAAAUGUUACAUGAACAAACCACAAAGGGUAAAAUCUAUUCAUUCAUGACAGGUUUGUUGUCGCUGGCUUUGGGCCUCUGCUCUCUUGGCUUGUCCUCGAUUUUCCUUUUGUCGGAAGAACCUCCCUUCUGGCUCAGGAAAAGCUUGAAAAGAACUGAGUUCACGUCGUAAAUCAUUAUCGCUCAGAUCUGUGGGAUUUCUUCGAUAUCAGUGGCUGCAACAGAAAUGAAGAUAACCCUAAUAAACC